UCGAUCGUCUCCUUGACUCGUGACUCGUGACUCGUGAGCAACUCAUCCAAGAGAGAGCAAUGGAUGAUGCCGUGGAGCUGUCAUGGGGGGCGCGGUGCUUGGGGCUGGCCUUCUUCAGCCUGUCCAUCUUCUCGGUGGCGCUCGGCGCUGUGCUCCUGCUCGUCCGCCGGUGGCCCAACCCCUGGUGCGGCUGUCACGUGUGCCGGGCUUACCUCACGGGGUCGUGGGCCAAGGAGUUCACCAACCUCGCUGACUGGUACGCGCACCUGCUGCGCGAGUCGCCGACGGGCACCGUCCAGGUCCACGUCCUCGGCUGCACCGUCACCGCCAACCCGGCCAACGUCGAGUACAUGCUCAAGACCCGCUUCGACAACUUCCCCAAGGGCAGGCGCUUCGCCGCGCUCCUCGGCGAUCUCCUCGGCGGUGGCAUCUUCAACGUCGACGGCGACGCCUGGCGCCACCAGCGCAAGAUGGCC